CCCCGCACCCGGUACCGCCGCCAUCGCCGCCAUGUUCCUCACACGCUCCGAGUACGACCGGGGGGUGAACACGUUCUCGCCGGAGGGGAGGCUGUUCCAGGUGGAAUACGCCAUCGAGGCCAUCAAGCUUGGCUCCACAGCCAUCGGGAUCCAGACCUCGGAGGGAGUGUGCCUGGCUGUGGAGAAGAGGAUCACCUCUCCGCUCAUGGAGCCCAGCAGCAUUGAGAAGAUUGUGGAGAUCGAUUCCCACAUAGGGUGUGCCAUGAGUGGCCUCAUAGCUGAUGCAAAGACUCUCAUCGACAAAGCAAGAGUAGAGACUCAGAAUCACUGGUUCACCUACAACGAGACCAUGACCGUGGAGAGCGUGACCCAGGCCGUGUCCAACCUGGCGCUGCAGUUUGGGGAGGAGGAUGCAGACCCGGGGGCCAUGUCUCGUCCGUUCGGGGUCGCGCUGCUCUUUGGAGGCGUGGAUGAGAAGGGACCUCAGCUGUUUCACAUGGACCCAUCGGGGACAUUCGUCCAGUGUGAUGCCAGAGCCAUCGGCUCCGCCUCGGAGGGGGCUCAGAGCUCCCUGCAGGAAGUUUACCACAAGUCUAUGACACUGAAAGAAGCCAUUAAAUCUUCCCUGGUCAUCCUGAAGCAAGUGAUGGAGGAGAAGCUGAAUGCAACCAACAUCGAGCUCGCCACGGUGGAGCCCGGCAUGAAGUUCCACAUGUACACGAAGGAGGAGCUGGAAGAGGUCAUCAAGGAUAUCUGAAGAGGAAGAGGACUCCCUCAAAGGUUUAUUUCCCCCCCCAGUGACCUGAGUGGGUUCCACUCCCUGGGGUCUCUUUGCCAGCAGCAGCAGCUGGGGUUGCUCUGCACAGAAGGCUCUUGAGGGUUUUUUACUGUUCCUGUACAUAACUGAUGUCUGCAAGGCGAGGGCAGGAGAAUAAAGCCUUUUGUUACUCUA